UUGAUGUCCUUUUUAUAUCUAAGAUUGGUAUUAAGGAACUGCUUUCUCCAUAAACUUAUUUGAUUACCUUUUACACAGAAGAUGGCCAGCAGAAGUGAAUCAUACUCUUCUGGACAGGAAGAUGUGACUGGACUGACAAGCUUAUUGAAAGAAUGGAUUUAUCCAAAUCAUUACCUAGGGGAUUUUGGAGACUGUACAGUAUCUCUCUUUUGGGUGUUGACAACAUUCAUAAUCCUGUUUUCACCGACUUUAAUUGUGCUUGGCUUUAUUUAUCUUUCUAUUAUCCUCCUUCAUAUUUACAAGAGAAAGAAUAAUUUAAAGGGAGAUUAUCUCAGUAAAUCGUGGGACAACGGAAGGAGGGCAGUGAAUUAUCUCUGGGACAUGUAUGGCAUUGUAUGGCAUGGUUAUGAAGUGUGUGGGAUGGAUAAAAUACCAAAGGGACCAGGGCUUGUUGUACUUUACCAUGGUGCAUUUCCUCUAGACUAUUUCUACUUUGUGUCUAGACUCUACUUACAAACUGGCAGACUCUGCCAUUCAGUGGUUGAUUACCAUUUUUCAAAAAUCCCAGCCGCCUUGGUGGCCCUGAUGAGGACAGAAAGGCGAGGUAUAAAGCUGUUUUAUAAUGUACAAGGUCUCACACAAGAUGGAAGAGUACAGUGUGUUGAAAUUCUGAAAAAAGGCUAUUUACUAGGUGUCUUACCUGGUGGAGUCCGAGAAGCACUGUUUAGUGAUGAGAACUACAGCCUCUUGUGGGGCCACCGGACAGGUUUUGCUCACGUGGCCAUUGAUGCAAAAGUGCCCAUCAUCCCUGUUUUUACCACAAAUCUCCGGGAAGGAUACAGAACGCUUGGAAAAAUAUGGCCAUUAAAGUGGCUUUAUGAGCGUACCCGGUGGCCAAUUGUUCCUAUAUAUGGAGGAUUUCCAGUCAAGUUUUGCACGUACAUAGGAGAUCCCAUUCCAUAUGAUCCACAUAUAACAGCUGAAGAAUUAGCUGAAAAGACAAAGACUGCAAUAAAAAAUCUCAGAGAUAAGCACCAAAGAAUACCAGGCAGCAUACCAAAAGCUUUGUUGGAACGUUUUGAUAAACAUCCAAAACAUGAUUAGUGAAAACACUUGUUUGUGUGUAUUACACACAAAAUGUGUGUGUGUAUUACAUACAUAUAUAUGUACAAAUUGUAAAUGGUUUACUUAACAAUAUAAUUAAAAUAUUACUUUUUAAUGUAUGUUUAACCUCUAUCAAACAUGAAGCUGUAGCACUAUGUAUGCCAGUCAGCAUUAGCUUUGAGGGUUUUUUUCUGCUAUCAAAUUGCGCUUUGAACUUUUUAAUGGUCUGAAGACAUUAAUCUCUUACACAAUAUUUGCUUGAACUAUUGAUUUUGUAGCUAUAGUAAAUUGGUUCAGGAAUGUGCUGUUCUUAUUUGCUUACUUUGACGAUCACUGGCAUAUUACUAUGAAGAGAUACUUAGACUAUGCUGUGUUAAUUCUCUGUUAUUCCAUAAUUCAGACUUUAUUAUUUUUAUCAAUCUUCCUCUUUUGGCAAAUAAGUAUGGACAAUGUAUGCUAUGAAUUAUGGAAUGACAGAGAAUUAACACAGUAUGAACCAACUUACUGUAGCUACAAAAUCAAUAGUUGGUAUGAAUUUCAACUGCCAAGAAAAAAGUGAUGUUUAUGUUGCAAACAGUUGUAGUAGAAGUCCUUUAGAAAAACAAAGUUUGAUUCAAUAUUUAGGAUUCUACUUCUGCUGAACUGUGCUUGAGAAUUUCAGUUCAAUUUAUUGAAACUUUUGCAUUUGUUGAAAUGGAUUCUAUUACAUCAUAUCUACCCUGUUUUACAUUAAUAAUAGGUUCGUUCUCAUGUGUGCUUAUUUUACACAUAUUUUGGUUUUGGAAUUUUAGCAUAAAAUGUACGCAGUUGGCACUAUACAGAACUUAUGAUGUAGUGUACUUCUGAAUAUAUAAAGUACAGUUUGAUUUCAAGUGA